AUGUUCCAGAACGGCUUCUUCGGUCUCUUCAAGACCUCCCAAGAGCAGGAAGAGCCUCGCUCCCAGCAAUGGAAUCCCACCACCAUGGCCAUGGAACAGCCCGCCAACUACGCCGGUAACCAGGAGUCCACAUCCGCCUCUCAAGAGGAACAACAGAUGAAGCUCCGUGGUGGUGAAGGUUGCUGCGAUGUCUGCUGCGGAUGCUGCGCCGGUCUCCUUGCGUUUGAGUGCUGCGAGGAGUGUUGCUAA